AAAUAAUAAAUGAAAAUCAGUUCAAUAGUUUCACAAUCAAUGAUAGUCUAAACUUUUAGCACAACUUCUUCAGACAACAAACAGAUAAUUCAAUCAAUCAAUCAACUGAUAGACUAAACACAUACAUACCUACCGCACAUACACACACACUGACACAAACUACCGGUGCUUAUCAACAAUGAGCACCACCAGCAAAGAGGAAGGAGAGAUCAGUAGCAGUAGUAGUAUGGAUGAAAUCGCCGGCAAAGAGGAAGGAAAGAUCAGUAGUGAUGAAGAAGGAGAAAUCAGUAGCAGUGAUGAACAGUCUGAACAAAUGAUUGUCAAUGAGGAACUGGAUGUUAGUUCAAUGGAAGUCUAUUUUAACAAAACCAAUGAAUCGAUUUUGUAUUUAAGAGACGCCUACUAUCCAGUGAUACCACCACCACUACCACCAUUACCUAUACUACCACCACCACCACCAUUAGCACUAGGACUAAAGCCACCACCACUAGCACUACUACUACGACCACGACAACCAUCACAAUUACCAAUAAGACUACCACCACCAGCACCAUCACAAUUACCAAUACGACUACCACCACCACCACCACCACCACCAUCACAGUUACCACUACGACUACCACCACCACCACUACCGCAGGUUACAUCGACAGCACCAUCAACUUCACAACAACAACACCUACCAUUGGGAACUACUACUACUCGACAACAUCUAUCAUUCUGGUCGUUCAACGGCUAUCAUCGGGUUUAUGGACUCUAUAUUCAACGGCGCCGCUAUAUAACUGAACAAAUGAGCACUGCAUUGAUUGCCUAUCAAUAUGCAACUAGUAAACAGUUUCAAGGUAAACCCAUAACUGCCCACUUUGCCAUAUAUUGGCCACAGAGACCGUACGUUGUUUUACUAUACGGCGAAUGCUACGAUCGAAACGGUCAGAUCGAUCAACAGAAACAAAGGAAACAGUUUUGGUGGUAUCAGUCGAUCACCUCAACGAUGCUCAUUGGUUGCAAUGUUAACCAAUUGAUGAUGGAUAUGGCGGCUAGACGUGGGGUGCAGUUACCGCCGGCGCCGGCCAGCUGUAUGGAUGUUUAUGAUCAACAUCACGACGCAAGCAAAUACUUUUGGACGCUAUCCCGACGUCAGUUGGGCACUCAUCUGGCCCUUCAACCGGACGGAAGUUUGUUGACUAUCAGAUUGUUUGUCCGAUUGGAUAAAAAACCCGAGAUGUCCAGUAAGUCCAAGAAGUCUAAAUCCAGUGACAGUAGAAGUAGAAGUAGAAGUAGAAGUAGAAGUAGAAGUAGAAGUCGUAGUCGUAGUCGAAGUCGAAGUAGUAGUGAGAGUAGUAGUGAUGACGUUGACAUCCAGUUUGAUAUGAAUACCUCAGCGAAAGUCAUUGCCCAAUAUCCGACUAUACGUAAUGAAAAGGAUUUGAAGCUAACGGAUGGUCGAAAGGUAAUGAUUAGACAAAUGUUUACAAUGGGUCUAACCUAUAGGCGAUUCGGUGCUAAUCAGAAAUCGGAGGUCUAUCUAAAGAAAGAAAAAAUUGAUACUCGGAUCAGAUUUCAAGAAGUACCGAUCGAUAUCUGGAAUCCUGACGGCCAGUACCGUAAUGAUUUGCAAACCGAUGACCGAAUCUAUAGUCGAUUCCAGUUUGAAACCGAUCCGAUCAGCUGUGGCGGUGUCUGCGAACUGACUGAACAACUAUACAAAACCAAUUACUUUGAUGCGGACAAACCGUCAAAUCCGAUGUCGACACCACCGUCUACGGGUAGCCAAUGUUUUGCAUUGUAUGUAUGUGCCGGCGCCAAACUGAUUGUCAGAGACAGUUAUCACAAUGAACCGGAAAAUGAACACCACAAUCAGUCAUUGGUCGAACAGGGAGGUGUGGUUGUAGUCGAAGACCUGCUGUACAUGUCGGUGCCCGUCGAAGAUCAUACAAAGACUAGUAGUGGUGGUGGUCAUAUCAUACGGUGGCCAUGGAAGCAGUUUUUCAAGAAAUUUAUCGAUAAUAAAGAAAUAGCGGAUAAAUUCCACGAUUAUUCAAAUCCGGUAAUAUUUUUGGGUCCAAAUGAAUCCGAUUAUAAUACCAUUACCUGGCAAUUGACUAUCGAUAAGAUAGGUUAUGAACACAAGGACAACGAUCAUUACCGAUACGAACGUCGCUGUUAUCUAUCAGUACCCGAAGGCGGCCAUAUUGUGGCCAUAGAAAAUUGGGAGACAGGACUUCAGGAGAUCUGGUCUCGGCAUCGGUACGAACAGCUACAUCUGGCAAUUGUCCGGCACAGUCAGCCAAUGGGCAGUUAUCUGUAUGUACGUCCCAGUAGGUUUCAGAUACCGGCCAAUGACCAGUUGCUCAGAAAGAUUAUAUGCAAUCAAAUUGUAUUGAAUACUUCCACUGAUCAGUCAUCGCCACCACCGCCGCCAAUGGAUCGACAUCUGGACAUUGAUAUCGUCAGAAAUUGCAAAUAUAUUCGACGGCUUUACGGAGACAAAGAUCCACAACAAUUAGCCAUAGAUAAGGUCUAUCCGAAAGAAUUCAAUUUCUAUAGGUUUACACCCGAAGCCAGUCUAUUGACUAUUAAAUCGUAUUGUCCGCCGCCAGCCUAUCCACCGGUAAAGGUAACCAUAAAUGCCCAAAAACAUCGGCUAUACUAUUUGCCACAAAUAUUAUCUACAGGCUCCCACCCAGACAACAAAAAGUAUGAUCUGCGGACAGUCUUUACUAAAUACAAUAUUAGCCAACAGACCUACAAGACAGAGCCGGGCGACACAACUGUCUAUCCAUUAGGCAAACAACAGGAGUCAUCAGUACUGCUUGAGCUGAGAAAAGAGUCGGCCGUUUUCAAUGAAUACAAAUGGCAGUCAAUCGACAAUCCAUUUGAUUUCAAACAUUUGCUGGAAAAUCGCGAAGACUAUCGAUUGGGUGUCGACGGCAGAUACUAUCAGAAGAUGGACAACAAUGUUAUCGGUAAAGUCCAGUGUCUUUACUACGAGUUUGUCGAAAGCGAAAACAAAAAGUCAAUACCGGUAACCAUUAAGUCGAAAGUUAAGGACAUUAUUGGUGGCAGACAACGAGGUUUGGUCGGAAACAUAAUAACCGAUAACGAAAUGCUGUCAUUGGCUACUAAUAAUGAUUUCGUUUUUCGCCAGUUAUCGUCGGGUAGUAGUAGUAGUCAGUCAUCAUCACAGAUGACAACAACGUCGUCAACAGCAGUCAAAACAACGACAACAACAACCUCGCCAUCAAAGUCAAGGUCGACAUCAUCGACGUCGUCGUCGAAAGAAAAGACUAAACAUGAAGAUGAAGAAGAAGAAGAAGAAAAGAAGAAGAAGUCCACGGAUUAUGAGCCAUCUUAUGAUGACUACUACCGUCCAAGCGGUUCGGGCGCCACUACUAGUAGUAGUAGUAGUAGAGGACAAAAGCGUAGUCAUUCUACUUCUUCAGCGCACAAACAAGAGGAAGAAGAUGAUGAUGAAGAAGAAGAAGAAGUAGAUGAAGAUGAAGAUGAAGAUGAAGAUGAAGAUGAAGAUGAAGAUGAAGAUGAAGAUGAAGAUGAAGAUGAAGAUGAAGAUGAAGAUGAAGAUGAAGAUGAAGAUGAAGAUGAAGAUGAAGAUGAAGACUCAAAAAGUAAGAAACAUAAGAAAUCUAAGAAAUCUAAAAAAUCCAAGAAAUCCAAGAAAUCGAAGAAAUCGAAGAAAUCGAAGAAAUCGAAGAAAUCGAAGAAAUCGACGAAGAAAAAGAAGAAGAAAAGUGAAAGAAGACAUUGAAUGAUAACAAUGACAACAACAACGACAACUGGAUUAUCAUAUUAUUAGUAGUAAUAGUCGUUUGUAUUUGUUAUCAGAA